AUGAGAAACGACUAUGCAGACUUAAAGAAAGAAGCAGAAAAGCCAGCAGAAGAUAAAAUGAACAUGUUAGCAUUUCUGAACAAAAACUAUCCAACUGCUGACGAUUUCCUUCUAUCUGACGUCAAGAAGAAGUAUAAAGAAACUUUCGGUAUCGUUAAAACAUUCGAUGUACUGACAGAAGAAAUAGAAGCUACGAAAUUGUUUAGAGUCAUGAACCAUCGCAACAUAUACCAUGUAAAACGCUUGUAA